AUGUUGGGGGAAAAGGAUCUAUUAAUUACAUGGCAAAAUAACACUCGAUAUUGGGAAUGGGGACAUAUAACUCAAUCAAGGUUCCGGAAGGUGUGGAUACUUAGAGGAGUAUGGUGGCUUGAAAUCAAAGGCAAAAUAGCAGCUGUGAAGCUGUCAGAAAAGAGUACAUAUAUAGCGUAUCUUGUCUUCCGAACUACUGAGGAUUCCAGAGGACUUGAUGUGCCUGGGAAUUCAAGCAUAACUUUUGGUGGGAGAAAAAUGGAGACUAAAAUUGUUUAUCUUCAAAGACCAAAGGCUAGGGAAACAUGGGAAGAAAACUGUGUGUUUCCUUAUAGGUGA